AUGAACAGCAAAGAUGGAGGAGGGGGCGGUGGAGGUGGAGGUGGAGGACGACUGAAGCUGCGGGUCUUUGCCGGCGAGCGAUUGUCCGAGUUCGAGGUGACAGACAAGUGCCUGGAUGCGGGCGAGGCCACCGUGGGCGACCUGAAGGCCCUCCUGCAGAGCAGCCCCGACUACGGCGGACCCUACCGCCGAUUUUCGUUCGUCACGUCGGCCCUCGAAUCGGCUGCCGACGAUGCGCCCCUCGCCCUCUUCGAUCUCGCCCAGGGGGUCGACAUCGAAGCCUUCACCUCGCCCUCGCCACACGACCCCGAACAGCAGAAGCGGCAGAAGCACCAGCAGCACCUGCAGUACCAGUACUACCGACGGCAGCGCCAGCAGGAGGCGCUCGAGGUCAUCGCCUCCGCCGUGGGCGACCACGGCCGGCUCCACCCAGACUACGAGGCGCCGGCCCCGGGCGACUUCAGCCCCGAGCAGCGACGACACAGCACGCCCGACGGCGACGAUGGCGACGGUGCGGCGGCUGCGGCGGAUGAACACGACACGGCGGGCGGAGGGGCAGAGGGCGAGAAGAAGAAGAAGCCCAAGGGAGUGCUGCGCCUCUUCCGACGGAACAGCGACAUGGGCCCGCGGAGUUGGGUUCGUGGCUGGUCAUCUUCAUCUUCGUCGUCUUCGUCUUCGUCAUCGUCGUCGUUGUCGUCAUCGUCGUCAUCCUCUUCUACACAACCCAGCAAGCACGGCUGA